AUGCUGACGAUUGAGAACCUACACGCGACCGCCGAUGGCAAGCCGAUCCUGACCGGCCUCGACCUCGAGGUGAACGCGGGCGAGGUGCAUGCGGUCAUGGGGCCCAACGGCUCCGGCAAAAGCACACUCUCCUACGUCAUCGCGGGCCGCGAGGGCUACGAGGUGACCGGAGGCUCGAUCACUUACCAGGGCCACGAUCUGCUUGCCAUGAGCGUGGAAGAGCGCGCGCUGAACGGCGUCUUUCUCGCCUUCCAGUACCCGGUCGAGAUCCCGGGCGUGGGCAGCGCCACCUUUUUCAAGACGGCGGUCAAUGCCAGCCGCAAGCAUCGCGGGGAGAAAGAAUACGACGCGAUGGAGUUCCUCAAGGUGCUCAAGGCGAAUCGCGCGGACCUCGGGAUCGACGACAGCAUGAUUCGACGCGCCCUCAACGUGGGGUUUUCGGGCGGCGAAAAGAAGCGGAACGAGAUGCUCCAGAUGGUACUGCUGGAGCCCACCCUCGCCAUCCUCGACGAGACCGAUUCGGGGCUCGACAUCGACGCGCUGAAAAUCGUCGCCGGCGGUAUCAACGCGAUGCGUACGCCCGAGCGUGCCAUGGUGGUCAUCACCCACUACCAGCGGCUUCUCGACCACGUCGUGCCGGACAAGGUGCACGUGCUCUCGGGCGGUCGCAUCGUCAACUCCGGCGGCAGAGAGCUUGCGCUUGAGCUCGAGAAGAGCGGCUAUGCCGGCUUCGGGCUCGAACCGAGCGCGGCGGCCUGA